GAAAGCCCACGUCGUCUUGCGCCAAGUGGAACUCGCGGAAGAAUCAGACGAUGAAGGGGACUCGUCAAUAGUGUACUUCAGUCUAUUUGCUCAUAAGCGGAUAGAAGUCAGACCAGGCAAGGAGAUGUUACUUGCGGUUGCUACACCUGACGGCAAGUUUCUCGACUCUCCUGUCGUGUUUGCCGGUAGGGUGUCUGGAGAGGACGACUUGACACCGAGUGCUUCUCUUCAGCCGUCCAGGAUAGAGCCGCCACCCGGAGCGCAGCUAUCUAUCCUUCCCCCGAAGCUGCGAAAGCCAUGGCAAGAAACGCAGAUUGCCGGGCCCGCUAUUACCGACAAGGGACAACCCACAUACGCGUCCAUAGAGGUUCAAACAGACCCUGUCCGUAUUUCGGAUGUGCCUGUCCAGACUCUUCCAACCGCCGCGGCCCUUGCACCUACAGCUAUUGAGGUACAAGCAAAGCAAUCAGAAGUGAUCUCUGCCGUCGCCACGUCUGCAUUGAAGGCCCAAACUGCAAGGCGCCCAGCGAAUCCAACCCAACGUGCCCGCAGUCUAUCUCCCAUGGAGUUGGACUCACGAUCAAGCACUCCUAAAUUGUCGACCUCGCAGAUAUCGGAACAGGAUGUACAGUCGAAUGCAAGGGUGAAGUCCACGUCGUUUUCCCCUCCUGGUCUCUCGAUCACCAUGCCAUCCGAGGGAGAGCUCUCUCAGCUUGAUACGGCAUCCGCUGCGAAAUCUGCCCCCCUUCCCACACCCCCGAACAUGUCUCCGGAUUCUGACUCGCCACCAGGUCUUUCGCUACCGCCGCUCUCGGCUCAACCAGCCGCUUGGACUUCAGGGACGGUGACGGCUUCUUCGUCGGUGGCAACCGUAGCAACCAGCAAAGAGCGCGUCGAUGAGCUACUUUCAGCUGCAAGCACUCUCAUACCGUCUCAGCCGGCUAGAGUCAAUAAGUCUGAUUCCUCUGUGGAAGGCGAACUGCGAGGUACUGAGGUGAUUCAGCGACCGGCCACGCCAGCAACGCCAUAUGUCCCUAAGCGUAAAACCGUGCCAAACCCGUUUGUCCGUGGAGGAGUGCUCACUGAUUUCGUGGGCAGUGCACCACCCGGAAAGGCUGUACCACAGGAUAUGUCUACUGCGCAGUCAUCUGGAGCGUCGGUGUCGCCAAAGAAGGAACCUAUACCGAUCUCUAUAGGCACGGUGCCUCCAGUGCCUGUGCAACCCGUUCCCCCUUCGCCUAAACAGGUUACGGAGAGGUCUGCGACAUCGCCGACCCCGUCCAUUCCAGCUCCCUCGUCAUCACAUUCGCCCCCACGUAAGUGGCGCGAGCUCUCCCCUCCGUCGUCGCCGGCAUCGAGCUCGAAGGUCAAGGUGGAGGACGUGCCGUCACUUUCGUCAGUCACUCAGCCAUCGCCAGGUGUUUUAUUGGCUCAGUUUGUGAACCGCCUCGGCCCCGUUCCUACCGCACCACGCAUGUCCCGCUUUGGCGGACCACUGAGGCAGCAGAGUCCGUACCCCCCAUCGCCAGACACUCGCAAAGCACAGCCAGCCGGCACGCCGACCGAGCCCCAAGAGUUCCCGCCGGACUAUCGGUCUCUCGCUUUCGUAGGCGAAGGCUCGUACUCGAAUCCACUAAACAUCAAGCCGGCAGCCGGGAACAAGUGGAAGGCGAACGGGCCACUCCCGCCGCAGCUCAGCACGGCCGCGCCGCUCAAGACAAACGGCUCGAAGAAGCCUGUGCACAUCGGAAGUGGCUGGCCCCACACCCGAGCAAACGGAGGCGGCGGGCGCGUGCGGAGGCAGAAUGGGAUGGUGGGGCCCCAAGGGCAAGGCAUACUUGGUAUGGUAGGUCCGCCCAAUGGAGGUGCAUUGGAUCGGGGAUGGGGUACUAAUGGUCCUGGUGACGGCAUUUCGAAUGAGGCCCCGAGGGGCAGGGGCCCCAGACGGUCAAGAGCCCGCGGACGGUAUCCCUCGCCAGAGCCUAGGGACAUGUAUGAACCUACCACACCGGUCCCAGGCUCACCAAUCUCGUCGUCAAACCCUAGCGACUCGCCUAAAUCCACCAAGUCAUCGCAAGAUGCGGGCUUCCUUCCGCCGGCGGCUCCUGCACACAAUACGCCCACGCCUGCGUGGCCGUCUGAUCGCGGUGUGAAGCGUGCAGCUUCGCCUACGCCUGAAACGCCUGAAGCUAGACGAGCGAAAGCGUUUCAAUGGCCGACUUCCAAUGGCUUGCAUUCGGUCAAGCUGAAAGGAGAUGACGACGUCGGUGUGCGCUCUAUUACGUAUUGCUCUGACGGCGGUUUGUUUGCAGUUAUCUGUAAUGACAAGAGCGUACGCAUAUGGAGCAACAAGUCGCGUACAGAGAUUGCCAAACUUGCGCACAACAUGCACAUCACCUCUGUCGCGUGGAUGGACCGCGAUUCUGGCGUCGUGACGUUGGGCGAGAACGGGAUUGUUAGUACGUGGACGCGCUCAGCUGCAAACAAGUGGCAGUGGGCCAAGAUUCUAAACGCUGGUGGCAAAGGCGAAGACAUGCCGUGUUGCCUGGCAUACCAUCGGGACCACAUGGCUAUUGGGUACCCUCGUUCGGGCGUCAAGGUCUGGCUGUUCAUAAAAGGCACUUGGACCCCACAACGGUCUAUUGUGCGGCAAAACGUCACCGCCAUACGGUUCAUAGGGGAAGGCGAAGCCUUGAUUGGAGGCACGGCUGAUGGUGUACUCUGGCACUGUCAGGUACCAAACGGGACGCUGCGGGCGUCCGCCUUUCUGCGGUCAAAACUCUUCGCACUCGAUGUUGACCCACGCGGCACACACGCCCUUGCCGCGCAGGCUGGUUCGUGCAUCCUCGUGAAUAUCACGCAUGAGGGGCAAGGCCAGGUCGAACAAGCGUACUCACCCGAGGAGUCUGAAGUGCAGGCUGGAGCAGCAUAUGACUUUGGUGCACUCUUCGCCGCGCGCGGUGCAUCACUCCUCUUUGGGAGCACGCAGGGCUGCGUGUUAGUUUGGGAUCGUGCUUCAGGAGCUAUCAUUCACGGACUCUGCCAUGGGGAAGACCACAGCAUACAGGCUGUUGCGAGUUUCGACGGUAGCCAGGUGUCUGAUGGGCACAUUUUGACGGGCACUCGCCAAGGACAGUUGACCUGGUUCUCGCAGCCCCCGGUCGAUGGGAGUGAGAACCGGAAGGGUUCGUGGUAGAUGUCGUGUGAGCUUCGGAAUCUAUAUCACGCUGUGGAGUAUUCUGAUCUGGCAGAACGGCCCUGCAUCCCUGCGACGGGGCCGUUGUCGCAUCGUUCUGCCGAGCAACAUGGCAACGUACAUGCCUCAGACGCCAACAUAGUGACGGCGGACUCGAUAGUGGACAACUGAGCCUCCUAACCGCUAUCAGCAGCGUCUGAGGCCAAGCACUCUCUGAUUUAUCAGGCUGCGCUGCUUCCCCCGUCAGGACGGACGACAUCUAAAAUAGCAAUGGUAGUGGACGUAAGAUAGUCCCCGCAUGCUCCCUAUGUGCGCAUAUCACCUACAUUAUUAC